AUGAACACUUUCCGCUUCCUGAGGCCCGCGGUCGGCAAGGUGCCGUUCCAGCGGUCCACGCUGCCCCGAGUGGCUCGGGCCUACAGCUCCAAAUCUUAUGAGUAUAUCCUGACUUCCACCCCGAAGCCAGGCGUUGGACAAGUGACUUUGAACAGACCCAAGGCGCUCAACGCUCUGUGCACCCCCCUCAUCCAUGAGCUCAACGACGCCCUCAACGACUUCAACGCCUCCGAGGAAACGUCCGUCAUCAUCCUCACUGGCUCCCAAAAGGCGUUUGCCGCCGGCGCCGACAUCAAGGAGAUGGCGCCGCUCACCUUCUCCGAGGCCUACACCAAGGCCUUUAUCGAGUCGUGGUCCCUCCUGACGACGCAGGUCAAGAAGCCCAUCAUCGCGGCCGUCUCGGGCCACGCCCUGGGCGGCGGCUGCGAGCUCGCCAUGAUGUGCGACCUCAUCUACUGCACCGAGACGGCCAACUUUGGCCAGCCCGAGGUCAAGCUGGGCACGAUCCCCGGCGCCGGCGGCAGCCAGCGGCUCACGCGCGCCAUCGGCAAGUCCAAGGCCAUGGAGCUGAUCCUCACGGGCAAGUCCUUUAGCGGCGCCGACGCCGAGAGGUGGGGGCUUGCGGCGAGGGCGCUGCCGUCGUACGAGGCGCUCAUGGAGGAGACGCUCAAGCUGGCGGAGACGAUUGCCGGGUACUCCAAGGUCGCGGUGCAGGCGUGCAAGGAGGUGGUGAACAAGAGCCAGGAUCUGGGGCUGCGGGAUGGCGUGGAGUUUGAGAGGAGGGUGUUCCACAGUUUGUUUGGGAGCCAGGAUCAGAAGAUUGGGAUGAAGGCUUUUGCUGAGAAGAAGAAGCCUGAGUGGACACACUCUUAG